UCCUGCCCCUUCGCCUCACUUUUUCUCUCGUCUGUCGUUGGAAUGCAUCUCUUGCGAAGUAUGUGCGGCAGCUGGUCUUAGAUGAUAGAGCGAGUUUGCCCCCCCCCCCCCCGCCCCUUUCUUGUAUAUCGUUUUGCGUUGCUCGCUUUUUCCUUUCCUUUCUGCAUGGGUCGGCAUACGCAGGAGUCCAAGUUGUGUACUUGUUCAAACGAUGUUUAUAUGUAUCUCAUCUUCGAUAUACAGCCCGGGGGAGAUGAAUGUACCAGGAGGUUAAUCCUGGCAGGACAGGAGGAAAAAUUUCAUUUUUUUUAUUUCCUCGUGGAAUGAAAUGUACGGUUACCUUGGCGCCAACAUAAAAGGAACGAGUUUCGUCCGUUGUGUCGUUUGUGAUCUAUGCGCGAAAGAAACCGCAAUUUACGCUUUCCCUCUUCCCCUCCUUCUCAACAGGCCAGACAACGCAGAGCAGCAUCCCAUCGGUCUCCUCCCGCGAUCUGUCCAAUCGCUGUGGGAUGUCGUUUGAGACGACCAGUGACAGGCCGCCCCGCAUUGCCGCCCAGCUUGAGAAGAGUGAACGUGCAAACUUGGCGCUUUCGCUCACGAAUUAUUCGCUAACGACGGAUGAAUUACGUUCCUCUUGUGUUGGUAUCAGGGUAACGGCAUAUUUUUGCACUUUAGUGCCCGUGUAAUAUGCAGUCAUGGGUCCCCAGCAAGCUACAGGUGUGGGAUGCAUGUUGAUACCUAUGUUAGUGAGCGACUGGCUAUACAUAGUUUACAUUUAACAAACCGAAGCGUAAUACAAAAAGGAAGGAGAGGAUGAAUAAAAAAACAUUGAAAAUGAUAAGUAGUAUAAUAUGAUUAGUACCCAUAGAUUGAGAAGUUACCCGUCAAAAAGAACGCGUUACAAGUUAAGUUACCGCGUGCUAAAUGUAACUAAGUUAAUAACGAAGUUCUUCAGCAUGAAAUCUAACUCGCAGUGACUGAGUUACUUAAAGGGACUGUCGCAUCCGGAACCGUGCUUACGAAUCCAAUACCAAUGUGUUCGGUACACUACCACGAGCUAUUUGCCAAAUUUUCUCCUUCCAAAACUGCCGGGGUGAUGAGGAAUCGAAUUUAAAAGAUCCGGUUUCGUUUUGAUCCUCGAAAGCGCCAGCGCCAACGACAUCGCGUGACGCAAAAACGAAAUAAGGAAAGAAAACAUCUACGACAACUCAUUCGCAAGUUCAAUGUUAUUUGAGGCACGGGCGGGAGUUCUACGCACAAGGGAAUGGUGGGCGAGGAUUAAUGCAAAGAGGGACUCGGCCGUCUCGACAAUGAAAAUGACGAAGAUUGAGUGCGCCAUCUGCGGAGCCGAAAGAGAGACAAUUGAACAUUUGGUGCUUUUUUGCGAAGGAAUUUCUCCGAGGUGUGAAACAAACUCAUUGGCGGAAGCACUUGGAUUUACCAGCGGCGAGCAUAUUGCCACCACAAAAAAGAGACUAAUGUUUUGGUGGAGGGAAACAAAUGGGACACGGAUGGAAUAUUAGGGUUCCCGGCCGAGACGCGCAGAAAGAACUGCGACGUCCACCCGUUACAAAGGGCAUGGCCAUCAGCAUCAUCAUCAUCAUCAUCAUGGUGGAAUCUGGCUAAUCCGCUGCGAAGGACGCUGUCGUCUGCCGCCAAGUCUGGGGGUCUGGGGCUGCUUUGUUUUUUCCUGCACGUCGCCCGUAUUCACAUGUGACACUUUCUAGUGACGCGAAUACUCUUUGUGAAUCGGGAGAAUCUCUACGCUUGCAUCCUUCGCGUGAGAUGUCGUUUGGAAACCGACGCAGCGUUCCUGACUCCAGGAAAACUUUCUUCGAAAACUUCGAUGUUUGAUUUCGCACGCCAAGGAUACAGCUACAGCCAGACCCCAGAUGAAGCGAAAGUUGGAAGCAGCUACAUCACUAGCGGGUAUCCAGAUGAAGCAAGGAGUGUUCAUGCUGUCCGUGUAUGCUCCUCGCAUUUCACCGAUAAUGUGUACCUGGAUGAGAACAUCAUGCAAGUGCAACUUAGAUUGACACAAAAAAGGAAACUUGACGCCGUUCCGACAGUGUUCCACGAACAAAGCGAGCCGGCAACUUCGACACUGCAGGCAGCUCGACAGGGUCAAGCGCAAGUGAAGGACCAGGUGCUGCUGAUCCAAGUCCCAUCCAUCCAUGAAACGGCAUCAGACGAUGAUCUUCCAGAACGGUGCUUUCUUCAUCCAAGCUCAAGAAGUAAAGGGAAUGACUUCAUGGCUUCUGCUAACAUCUGACAGCUGCAUACCAAGACAAAAUAACUUAAAGAAGGAAAUGAAAAACAAAGAAGAAAAAAAGGUCCUUUUCAGGUCCACCCAAAUCUUUGUGCAGAGGCUGACAGCAACAACGUUAUUGUGAGAUUAUGAAUGAUGCUGAUGCAGCGUUGAGAUUAAGCCCUUGUUUCCUUUUUUGCAAUGGUAUACAUUACUGCUGGUUCAAUGCAAAAUAAUGCACCUACCUCCAGACAUUAAAGGGGCUACCAGAGAUGUAGUGUCAAUUCAACAGAAAAGCUGCAUGUUCUACGAGGCACAGUCACAUAAGUAUUGGCCAAAUUUGCUGUCCUGUGAGCUUUGAUAGGAUAUGCCGUAGAUAGUAAGAGGGAGGGGCAUUAUUCGAGUAGUGGGGUCUGAGGCAUGCGGGUCAUUUCAUGAUGUACUAACCCUUCCAAAAUUUUACACUUGGUUGUGUGCCCAGAGAUCGAUCCAGAUCCCCCCAACACCCCGAGGUUUUUUCCUGUGUACCACUGUUAUAAUGAAACCGUCCAGAAAUGUAAGGAACACAGAAUUCUAAAUUUUCGUUGCAAUUGAAGUACUUACGAAACUUUUUUUUGUGUGUGUUCUUUUUUUUGUGAGUCCCCGCUUCAGAUCCCAAGGGACAUUGCCAGUGUGGUGCACGCUGAUAACUGUCUGUGCAUAGCAAAUAAUAAAUAUCUGUGCAUGAAGA